ACUCUGAUCCUAUAAAAACCCAAAAACCUCUCUUCCCUUCUCGCUCUGCGAUUUCCAUCUCUUUCGGCAGCAAUCUCAUCUCCAUCUCAUCGCAAACAAUCUUUCACUCUGUCUACUCUACUCUACAGAAAGUCUCUCAAAAAAUGGCUCUGCCGAACCAGCAGACUGUUGAUUAUCCUAGCUUCAAGCUCGUGAUCGUUGGUGAUGGUGGAACAGGAAAAACGACCUUCGUGAAGAGGCAUCUUACCGGAGAGUUUGAGAAGAAGUAUGAGCCAACUAUUGGAGUCGAGGUACAUCCUUUGGACUUCUUCACAAAUUGUGGAAAAAUCCGAUUUUAUUGCUGGGACACAGCUGGGCAGGAGAAAUUCGGAGGUCUUAGAGAUGGAUACUACAUCCACGGACAGUGUGCUAUUAUUAUGUUUGAUGUCACUGCUCGGCUGACAUACAAGAAUGUUCCUACAUGGCACCGUGAUCUGUGCCGUGUGUGUGAGAAUAUCCCAAUUGUUUUGUGUGGAAACAAGGUCGAUGUCAAGAACAGGCAGGUGAAAGCAAAGCAAGUUACAUUUCACAGAAAGAAGAAUCUCCAAUACUAUGAGAUUUCUGCAAAGAGCAACUACAACUUUGAGAAGCCCUUCCUCUAUCUUGCCAGAAAACUUGCAGGGGAUCCUAACCUUCACUUUGUUGAGUCUCCUGCUCUUGCUCCUCCUGAAGUGCAUAUUGAUUUGGCAGCCCAGCAACAGCACGAAGCUGAGCUUGCUGCAGCGGCUAGUCAGCCUCUUCCCGAUGAUGACGACGAUGCUUUUGAGUAAAGCGAGUGUAGUGCCAGUGGUUUCAAAGUUUUAUUGGCCUUCUGUCGUGUUUCAUUUUGACUUUUGUUAUGAAUUUUACUUCCUAAUUUUCUUAAAUAUAAAUGAGAUGAUGAAUGCUUUGUUCUUCA